CCACAUCUCAAGAUUGAUCAACGACAAUGCUUACUAAAAAAAUAAACCAAUGUUCCAAAGAAAUCAGCAGUUUAUUGUUCACCGGAAAUCCUAUGUUCUCUUCCCAAAGUCCAAAUUUUGGUACGGCCCAAAACUCCCAAAUUCACAUACUCGCUCACUCACGGAGUAACACCGAAUAAACAUAACUCAUAUAUCUCCGGACCUCUUUCACUUCCACGCAGUCACAACAGACUCACAAUGAAUCAUGCUUUGGUCAUUUUUUCACCACUCUAAGCUUGAUCAAAAUGGCAGUGGCUGAUCAGGGUUUUUUGCUCUUCUACUUCAAUGGUCGACUCGGGUUUGGACUCGAAGCAUUUGUAUUGGAAGGUCACCAAUCCCACACUUUCUCCUUCCCAUCUUCAAGCCUGUUUCUUGCAGGGUUAAUUGCUUUUUACAAAGAAAUUGCAAGGUAAGGAAUAGAUCAUGCAGUUCAGUGGAUGCUUUGCGACUAUCGAAGUGGCAUGUGGUUUCUUAUAGUCUGUUGGAUACAGGGUAGGAAAAUGAUAAUUAGCAAUCAAACAGAGCUGAAGUUGUUGUAAAUUUUAUCGUUCUUGUGUUUGUGAUUCAGUUGGAGCUACAUAAGACGUUAAGAUUCAUUCUGUUUUCUAUUUUGUUUAUUGAUUAUUUAACAUCCAAAAUGCCGCUAAUGGAAGUUUAACGAUUAGCUGAGGUUUAUUUGGGCUCUUUCUUCUAAGACUUGCCAGGAUUCACACGCAGUGUUUACAAAUGAGACCAUGCUUUAAUAACACCAGAAAGUCACGUAUCCUUUACCUGAGUGGUACUUUUGACUCUGCAUUAUGAUAUAUUGUUAGAAAGGUUCCUCUUCUCUGGUGCUGUAAUGUAGAUUUUCUCUAACAGGACCAUGACAUUGGGAACCUAUUUGAUAACGCCGGUGAUGGGUUCACACUUUGUAAUAGGUUCCCACAAAUUAACGGUGGACUCAUAUGCUUAUCUACCUUCUAAUGUUGAUCAGUCCCUCAGGUGUGAUGCAUCUGCCGCUCUUGUGGUAUUCAAGAGAAGGCAUGUUUCUCUGGAAAAUCAAUCUACUGAGCUGAUUUUUGGUUCAACAGAUGAGCAGCCACUCCUGGAAACUCCAGGUGAGGUCUUCCAACUAAGGAAGCUUAUUCCAGCAUCUAUAUCCUAUGACUUCAAUAUCCAUAUUAUGGACUUUCAGCCUGGGGAGUAUCUUAAUGUGAAGGAGGUCCAUGACAAUCAGCAUGGUUUGUUGCUUCUGGAGGGGCAGGAUAUUUACCGUUUGGGUGAUAGCUGGUACCCUGUUCAAGCAGGCGAUGUCAUUUGGAUGGCACCAUUUGUGCCUCAAUGAUAAGUGAUGAAAGGAAUGCAUAAUUCUAACUCUCCAUUUGAUAUUACAAGGAUUGUGUUUUCCUAUCUCCACAUUUUAGUAUUGCCAAAUCAAAUACAUUUCUCUUGCAAAUUUGCAACUUCUACAGGUAUGCGGCAUUAGGUGAAUGCCGGACGCGAUAUUUGCUGUACAAAGAUGUAAAUAGGAAUCCACUCUAGUUUCACUUGUAUCGUUAAGAUGUCGAUGACACUGUUAAAAAGGAACUCUCUACCAUUCCUGGUGACGAACCCUUGAAGUCAUACAGAUACUGGGGAAGAGGUUGGCCUAGAAGCUUCCUCUCCGACUUGUGCUAUCCA